AUGACUACAGACGCGAGUGCCAAGUUGAAAGUGGCCAAGGACUCAUUAGUUUCUUCGCUAUUUGAACUAUCGAAGGCUGCUAACCAGACUGCCUCGUCGAUUGUUGAUUUCUACAACAACAUCGGCGAAGAUGAGGAAGAAAAGAUCGAGGCCUUCACCACGUUGACCGAGUCCCUACAAAUGUUGACAGCUGCUACGGACCAAUUCGGUGGGAUCACCUCUGACCUGUUGAACCCAUUGGACGACGAAAAGGACGCUGGACGUGCGAAGACCCCUAUGAAACGGAAGGUCGAGCGUGAUCCAAACGCCCCCAAGAAGCCCUUGACUGUUUUCUUCGCGUACUCCGCGUACGUGCGCCAAGAGUUGCGCGAUGCGAGACAGAAGGCCGGGUUGGCGCCGCUCUCGUCCACGGAGAUUACCCAGGAGAUCUCCAAGAAGUGGAAGGAACUGAGCGACGCUGAGAAGGAGAAGUGGAAGCAGGCGUACCACGUCGAGCUGGAACACUACCAGAAGGCGAAGCAAGAGUACCUAGAGAACAAGAAGAACGGGACGCUCCCGGUCUUGGACGGGCCCAGCCACGCGCCGGUCCCAAUCCCCUUCGGCUUGCUACACCAUGACGAGGAGCCUGAACCCGUAGUCCCUGCGCAUUUUGAAGAGAAGAGACAUCGCGAGGAUGACGGCUCUGUCAGCGGGGAGAAGAAGAAGAAAAAGAAGAAGAAUAAGAAGAACAAGGAUAAGUCCAACACCAGUGUGUCUAUGUAG